ACACAGCCCACACGUCUCCACUCUGGCCCACGAAGCAGACAGGGGAACCUCCCAGGAGACCUCGGAAGGAGAUGCUCCCCGCCCCCCGCCACCUGCAGUCACACCUCUCAGCCCAGCCCUACCUGCCCUGUGUCAGAGCUUCCAGAAAGAGGGCUGCCCAGAAGCCCCCAGUACCCCCCAACCCGAGCCUGCUCUUUGAGCUCUGCAGGCUCGUCCUGGCCCCUGACCAACCCGUGGGCAUCCGUGCCGCCCUCAGGCUCGGCACAGAGAAGCGGCCCAGCCGGUGCCUCUGUCAGAAGCCACCGCACUGUCUGCAGGGGCACAGCCAAGGGGACGCAGUGGCCGGCAGCCCUGGCUGCGAUGAUGUGGGGCUCGCCGGCUUACCAAAUGAGGAAACCGGAUCUGCUCCAGGCAAACCGAAAACACCCCAAACUAACAACCACAACAGGAGGAAUUGCAAAGGCUACUGA